GCGCCAGAGCAAACCAGAAGGCCUAGCGAGCCUCUUCCGGGUUCCGGCCAGGAAAUGGCUGCGAGGCGGCUGGGCCGAUCUUUAAUCGCUACUAGGUCAGUUGUGCUGUAUAAUUCUUUGGGAAGUGCUAACUUUAGCACCAAAGGGAAUGCUGAGCCCAUCAAGCAACCACUUAAGAAACCAAAAUUACCUCUAGGUCGUUUUGAUGAGUCAGAGGAAUCUGGUGCAGAAAAAGAGCCACUAGAAAAAUUUCCUGAUGACAUCAAUCCUGCAACAAAAGAAAAGGGUGGACCCAAAGGCCCUGAACCAACCCGUUAUGGAGACUGGGAGCGAAAAGGACGCUGUAUAGAUUUUUAAAUGGCUCCAUACGGUAACAUGAUGUAUUUGGAUGAAGGUUAAGCAAAUGAAGAUAUUUAAACUGGAUGAUGCAUGAUCUUUCUUUCUGUAUCUGUGUGUGCAGUUAUGUGCUUUUAGCAUCUAUGUAAUGGCAGUUAUGCAAGAUACUUCCUGUGAAUAAAUAUAGUUCUAA